AAUUUCCAUAAACUUUGUAUAUUUUUAAACGCAAAACUUAUGUGUAAAUUUGUUUUUUAUGGAUUUGUUUUGUAAGAAAGGGGGUGUUCUGGAGGAAGAACUUGAUCGAGGUGGAGUCGUGAUAGUAUUCACACCGUCAAGAAGACGCUUUCACAUUCCACUUGGGUUCAUUCCAUGUAGAGUUUGCAUGUUGUCUCCACGCAUGUGGGAGUUUUCUGCAGCUUCCUCCCACAGUUGGAAAACAUGCCUCACAGGUUGAUUUGUGACUAAACUGCCUCUCAGGUGUAGGUAUGUGGCCCAGGGACCUGUCUAAGGUGCACCCUAAAGUAGAUGGGAAUGUACCCCAGCAACCCUGUGACCAUUCAUGUGUCUAGAAAAUAGAUGGAUGAAUGAAUGGAUUUUUCUUGGCUGGACAAGAAAAUAGAAAGAAACAUGAGUGGGAGAAAAGAAAGAGAGCAAAGGAGAAAAAGGGGCAAAAAGUCAAGAUAAACAUUGAAUGAAAAGAGUGAAAGGAUUAAAAGGAAUGUUUGAGUACAACCAAACACAAUGAUACUCAAAAUCUACACACACUUAUAUAACACACCUGUCUGCACAAACUUGCAUGCACACAUACCUAUGCAGAUUCACACAAACAACUGUUGACACUACAUAUACAAGUGAACUCACAAGCACAUGUGUGUUGCACACAUACACACCAUAGCACCUGCAUUUAAGGCCUUGCUGCACAGGGGCUCUCUAGAAUGUACCAUGAUGUUACUGAGAGUAAAAAGAACAAUGUAACUCCCCUUUUGUGACAAAGAGGCAGAGACGUGUGGAUUCAUGUGCAAACGAGAGGUUUUAAUGAAGAAACAGGACAAGGAAAGGCGCGGUCAGAAAACAGGUUGAGGUCAAAACACAGGGGCCAGGCGGAGAGUCGAGGAUACAGGCAGGAGUCAAAACACGAUGAGACAGGCAUAGGAGAAAACGCUUGGACUGAAUGCAGGGAAAACAAGACUUCGCAGUGAGCUAUGGAGAGAAGCCAGACUAAUACUAUGGCAGUGAUGAGGUGAUGGGAAACAGCUGAGGGAGAUUACUCCAGGUGAGGGCAGGUGAAGAGUUCAGAACUCAGGUGAGCGCUCCCUCUGGUGGUUGAAGGGAGACGCAGCAGGUUGAUCCAUGACACCUUUGAAGAGAGGUCAUUAGUGAGACAACCACGGACCCUGGACCCAUCUGUAUAUUAUCUUCAGAACAUAUUCAGGGUCACAGGGCUGCUGGAUGGGAAGGUAGUUACUCACAGUGGGUGGAGAGCUCCUUCCCCAGGUGGAGGAGUUUGAGUAUUUGGGGUCUUGCUCAUGAGUGAGGGAAGAGGGAAGACUGGUGGAUUGGAGCAGUGUCCGUCGUUAUGUGGUCGCCGUACCGGUCAGUUGUGGUGAAGAAGGAGCUGAGCCAGAAAGCAAACCUCUCAAUUUACCGGUCAAUCAAGGUUCCAGUACUCACCCAUGGUCAGGAGCUCUAGGUCAUGACCAAAAGAAAUACAAACAGCUGAAAUGAGUUUCCUCCAUGGGGUGGCUGGGCACUCCCUCAGAGAGAGGGUGAGAAGCUCGGUCACCCGGAGAGAGUUCGGAGUAGAGCCACUUCUUCUUCAAAUUGAGAGAAUCCAGUUGAGGUGGCUCGGGGAUCUGGUCCUGAUGCCUCUUGGACGCCUCUCUAAUAAGGUGUUUCAGGCACGUCCCACUGGCUGGAGGCCAGGGGAAGACCCUGGACACACUGCAGAGACUAUGUCUCUUGGCUGGCCUGGGAACAGCUCCAGGACAGCUAGAUACCAGCCAUAAAGGGAGACCACCACUGGAGCAAGGUCACAAUGUUAAAACCAGGGCAGAAGCCUGAGUCCAGUGCAAGGCCCCCUCCCAACCCCAAUGAAAACCUAAUCAGGGUUAUGACUUUAAUGUUUUAUGAUCCCCAAUCUAUGAAUCACAGAGACCCUUUGACAAAGCAGUCAACGGACCACUAAUCUAAUACAAAGAUACCCUCCCCAUACACCAUCCAGGAGGGGACUGACAGCCCCAAACGUAAUAUAUUUUUAUCCUAUUUGUUGGCUUUGAAAACACAUUUGUAAUUGCAUUUUUUUCUAAAAGUCCUUCAUAAAAGCGUUUUAUCAGUAAAAAUGCAGCGGUGACAGAAGGAAAGUAAAGCCAGGAAAACCAGCGGGGCCGGUUUUAACAUGUGACAGGAAAAUGUUUGUAAUUCUAGUGUGGAACAGGUUCCGCCAAGAGUGACGUCGAAGCUUCGGCCGCUGUGGUUUGUUUUGUUUGUGGCCAGUGAUGUUUCCCACAGAGCACAAGAAGCCACCUGUUUGAUUGAUGUCUCAAUCCAUGGAACCUCCUUCAUAUGAGGAGAUCAGUCAGCAGCCACCUGCUCUGAGGAUAGAGGUAUCAAACCCUCCGGCCUACACCUCCUCGUUACCUUCAACACCUCCUCCUGCCUACGGAGAUGCAGUUCAGUCCAAUCCCUUCCCGUUGCUAACCAGACCUUCUGUGCCUGUGGUUGUGAUUUCAUCUGAACAACCUCCUGGAGUCAUCGUCCAUCAAGUUACACAAUAUGGAGGGAGAAGGUCAGAGGUAGCAGUGGUGUCUCAGCCGGCGCCUGUUCCCAUCAUAGCGUCCUGUUUGAGGGAGAGUCCUGCUUUGGUGGUUUGUCCGCACUGCCAAGAACUCGUGACCACCAAAAUCAAACAUGUGGCUGGGAAAAACGCUUGGGGCAUUUGUAUGACCCUUAGCUUGUUAGGGCUGUUUUGCGGUUUCUGUUUGAUCCCCUUAGCCAUUCCUCGCUGUCAAGAUGUGGUUCACCUCUGUCCUAGUUGUAAAAAACAAAUUUACGUUUUUGAAAGAUGACAGUGCCUUCAUCACAUACAGCAAAAACCCUUCAUCUACAUCCAAACUCUACAGAACCCCAACCAGGAUCUGAACCAGCCUUCUCACUCAGGCUAUAGUGCUAGCAACAAACCACUUACAACUGUACAGAGAAGAAAAUAUUUCACAUUUUUAAAAUAAAAAACCUGCUUUUAAUAUCAUCUUUUAUAUUUAACAAAGAAGUUUGCACAUUAGACAGAAACUCCAGUGUUUUUUUGUAUCUUUGUAACAAAGUUGAAGUCCCAUUAUUUAUUUUCCUCCACAUUUGACCCAUCCACUGGGGAGUGGUGACCUGCAGACACAGCUUCACUCUGGAACCAUUAGGUGAUCUACCCCCUCUAUCCAACCCCUUAAUGCUGAGUGUCAAGCAAGGAGGCAUUAGGUCCUACUUUUAGAGUCUUUGGCAUGCCUGGAUUCGAACCCACAACCUUCCAGUCUCAUGGUGGACGCUCUACCAAAGGGCCACUGAGCUGAACAACAUAUGAACAACAUAAAAUAAGUUUGCUUGGAUGCUACGCCUACAUGAAAAGUCUGAACUUGGAGGAUUUUCCAUUCAUCACUGCAGAAUGUGCAUUCAUUUAGGAUUUUCUGUCUUGUGGUUUAUUCUCUGUUCAUUUAUUUGAAUUCUGAUCAUUACAUGUCUUGCUACAAAGAAAGAACUUCAUCAUAGAGAAACUCUGGAGCAUAAAUGUUUUUUUAGUUGAGAUUGUUGUCUUUUACUUUAUGUAAUUACUAAACUUUUGUCACCUCCAUCCUCCUCUGAAACGUGUAGACGACCAGUUUAUGAGUUGCUUUAAAAACAUUCAAGUUGUUUUAACUUAUAUUUGUGUUAUUAUUGUAUUAUGUAAUGCAGUAUUAUUAAAAACCGCAUGUUGACAUUAUAAUGGAUCUCUAAUAUUGGUUUUUUUAGAUUUAAGUUCAGAAUGACGCUGUGUUUGACUGCAUUUACUCAUCACAGUUCUUCAAGCUCUCAUGAUGUCAAAUACAGCAGCAGGUCCAUUUUGGCUAACAUCUGGUUACCUUCUUAACUUUUUACUGCCUGCU